AUGGCUAGGGUGAUUGCUUGGCAUUUCAUGCUGACAACGCUGUCCUGCUUGUUCCGGUCUAAAACAUCCUCCGAGUUCAUCGUGUAUUAUGCCGGGAAAAAAGGGGAGAGGUACGGCAACGUGUCGCGUGCGCUGCAAGUAAUGAACAUUGGGGAAUGCUCAUCUGAAUGUUCGAAUGCCAUCCCCACCCGCUCUUGCCAUGCCUUCAACUUCAGGGAACGGGAUGGCUCCUGCCAGCUAAUUCAAAAUAACCGAAGCGACCUUGUCCCCUCAGACGGGUUCAAUACAUAUGUCCAACGAGUUACAGAUAUUGCCAUGGUCACAGAGUUGUUUUUUUGUGCACUCGUCGCCGACACAGUCCUGUGCCUGACGGGUUACCCAAUGAUCAAGAACGCUGAGGAAACUUUCGUGGGGUGGAGGGGUGAGUAUCCAGUCCCACAGGGCGGCAAAGUCAUCUUCACUUGCAAGCACCCGAGAGGAUUCAGCGACGGUUCCAAGCAGCACACGGCCACCUGCUCCUCCAGGACACCUGAUGCUUGGUGCUCGACGUUUGUAGAAGAGAGGGCCCCCACAUGUCCACACCUACGUGAGGUAUAUCCAGAAUGCCGGCUAUCAGAAAUGGGGAAGGAAUAUACUGGGAGUAUAAAUCAGACAGAGAUGGGGAAAGACUGCUUCAGAUGGGAUUCUCCGGAAUUAAUUGAAUUGUUUAAUGUCGAUUCUCUGGAUGGGUUCAACCCAAACCUGUUCUACAAGGAGCACUUCAUAANCGAUUCUCUGGAUGGGUUCAACCCAAACCUGUUCUACAAGGAGCACUUCAUAAACCUGGACCCAUUCUCGCAUGACAACUACUGCCGUAAUCCCACAUCGAAGGAGAGGCCCUGGUGCUUCGUGGAUGACGGCCACAUCCAUCCCGAGUACUGCCGGAUUCCCAUCUGCGAAGACUUGAGUAAGAAAGCACAUUCCUUUGGAAUACCUUGA